AUGGAGAAUAGCACCGGCUUCCUCCUUCCAGAUCUUUGCAUAGCUCGUCCUCCUGGCCGACCUCGCAUGUGCGCCGCCACCUUGCUGCCAUCCCGGCAAGCGUCCCGACAGCCGCCGCUUGCCUCUUCAUUCUCCGCCCUUCCUGGCUGCCCUCUGCCUUCGCCUGCUUCCGUGACGUCGCCUCCAAUAUUGCAAAGAUAUUUUUCAGGUUUCUUGGACUUAGAUAAAGCGAUGUUUAGAAAAAUCAGUGCAACAACAUCAGCUCCAAGGCUAGAAAUAUGUCUCUAUAUUGACUGGAACAUGUUGUUGUCAGAUGGGCAUAAUGGUAUCCGAGGCAAGAAAACUCGCACUCCAGAGUGCUGCCCUACCACAAUCUCUGCAUCAAUUGCAUUUUUCUGA